GAAUGUGGUAUGGUUUUUGGCGCGGCUAGUACCGGUAUAGCGUAGACGCCGCGUGGCGCAUGCAUAUGCAUCCGUCUAUAAGCUAACGUUAGAUAUCUACACUGUCACUGUACUGGACUACUGAUCGGCGGCCGGCGGAUACAGAGAUUGCACCACAAGCUGCAAUUAUGCAUUUAUUAACGUAAAUUUACUCGCUUUCUCCAUAGAUUCUCACAGCAAAUGGACAUUGUCUAGCAAGCUCUGAUUAAGAAUAAGAUUGAUGGAUGGAUUCAAUCAAGACCAAGCUCAAAUUAGAUCUCUGAGUCUAAAUAUUAAUUGGUCCAGCAGCAGUGAUAGUACAUCCAGAUCCAGAUCCAGACUAGUAAUAGUAUUACGUUAAGUCGUUAGACGUCGUAGCACUAGCAACUUAGCAAGUCAUCAGACAAUACUGAAUCAGAGAUAUUUGGCCUUGCCCUUGGGCUGUUGGGAGCCGAGAGGAGAACAACACUGCACUCCCGACUGCACUGCCUCUGCUCUGGGCCAGGAGAAAGGUACAUCACAUCACAUCACAUCACAUCAGAAUAAACACUCUCUUCCAGGAUGCCAAAGAAGCGGAUGCCGAAAGGGAUCUUGGGUCUACCAAGUAGGAACAUGCUCUUUUCCUUCACCCCUCGUAAGGGCGAUGAAUGGCCUGAUGAGGAGGACGAUGACGCUGAUGACUCGGACUACGAGCCAGGACAAGAUCUCAUCCCAAUGGUAGAGGACAUGCCCAGAAGCUCUGAUAGUGGCAGUGACACAACGGAAGAAGGGACAUCAUCCAGGAAACGUAAGCAAAAAUCAAAGACACCCAAAGGCAAUAUGAGAACAAAGCGAGAGGAACCAAAGAUAGCAAAGUCUUCUAGAAAUUCUAUGAAAGGGAAAGAGAAAACAAAGAGGAAGAAAAGCAAAAGGACAGCUAAAUCCCGUUCACCAUCAGAAAGAGAAACGUGUGUUGGGAAGACAGUCAAGAGAAGAACAGAUCUGGGACCCGCUGGGGAUACUACCAUUGGGGAAGGAGAUGACAUGUGGGGUCAGAGACUUCCUGUGAUUGUUUUGGAGAAGAUACUGUUGUUUGCUGUUCGGGAGACAGGCGUUGUUCCACUUCUUUGCCGAGUAUCCAGGGUGUGUCGUUUGUGGAGAGAAGCAUCCCAGGCAUCCUGUUUGUGGCAUCACGUUGCCCUUGACAACGGGCGGGUGAAAGCUACCGAUACCACACUAGAAUGGUUGACUGCCAACAGAAUCCCACUGCAGCUCAAAACAAUCAACCUCAAUUCAUGGACAAAAUUAACAGACAGGAGUUUUGUGGCCUUAAUGGAAGCAUGUUCAGACGUCCAGAACAUCAGCAUUCAAUGGUGUGCCAAACUGACCAAUCGUUCACUAUGUGCCAUCAAGGAUCACUGUUCUAACCUCAAAGAACUGGAUCUUGGUUUUACCGGGAGCUCCUUGGCUUCGUCUCCUAGUCUGAGGGAUUUAUUAAAGGAGAAAGGAAGCACAUUAGAAGAAUUUCAAUUAGCUGGUUGUUCUAUCAUUAGUUCAUCACAAUUAAUGGCCUCAAUUAAGUCAUAUUGCCACAAUCUCUGUCUGCUGGACCUAUCAAAUUGUGUUGUGACCAUUGAGUGUUUGACGCUACCAGUUGAAGAGAUGCAGAAAGGUUGUCCACUCCUGGAGAUCUUGAGAUUGGCAGGGGUGAGAGUUCAACCCGCUAAUGCAUCGGCUAAAGCACAGAGAGAAGCAGAAGGAUUCAUCAAACUUAGAGAGCUGAGUUUAGCAGUAGCCGAUAACGUAGCAUGUCAGGUGGUAUUGCCUACCAACCUAGGUCCAGGGGAUGAGUUCCUUCGUAGAGUUCUGAAUAACUCCCCAAACCUCAAGUUACUCGACCUCCGAGGUUGUGCCUUGAUCAGACUUCAAACAUUACAGAACCUCAUUGUUGAAAACCUUGAGCACUUGUAUAUAUCUCGAUGUUCCCUGACGAAUUCUGAAGGAUUUGGUACUGGGAUCUUGCCCAAGUGGAACCAUAGUCUUAUCGAGCUGGACAUGUCUUGGACAAACUAUGUAGAACGUGACCAGGAUGAAGUCAUGCUUGCCGUAUCGUCCUGCCAUCAGCUCACAACCCUGAACCUCAGUGGAACCAGCGUAACCAUCAGUGGCCUCAGAUCCAUCAUGAGACGGUGCACCGCCUUAGAAUCUAUCAAUCUCACAUCUUGUCGAAGUCUGCCAAGAGGAUACAAGCACUGCUAUGAAGGCAAGAGUCUCAGGAAAUUACGCAAAGAACUUCAGAAUGUCACUGUGUCUGAUGAAGAUGAGUAGGGUGCGUGCUACGAUGAUUACUGUCAACCUCCCAGCGGGACAAAGAGUGCAAAUGGGUAAAAUGGAAAUAAAGAGAUCUGUCGUUAAUCUCUUGAACAUGAUACAAUAAUGUGUGCUGUAGAAUGGGAGUAUCUUUCAGUAGAGUUCCUUCCUGAAAAAAAUCCAAAAAUAAAACAGUGCCUCCUUGCAAUGUCUCCAACUAGGGCUGAAAUAUUAACCCUUCCAAUGCCUUAUGCUGGGGCAAAAUAUGCCCCUUUCAGAUGUCUUUCACAGAUGAUCUCUUUCAUAAUGCAUGUCCAUUAUAGGUGGUGCCUUGGGUCAGCAAUCACUUGAUCCAUAUACCCUGUUUCUGUCAUCAUUGUCAUCCUGCUUUAAGUAACCAUUUGACAGGACAUCUUAGAAUAUGGGUCAGUAUGCAUAAUAAUAAUAGUGAUCUUAUUUAUUGAGUGCACACACCGUCCAGAUACGCUCAUGGCGCUAGCGCAACAACAGUUCCUUUGGAUGUAAAUAUGUUAUACAUAUAAACAACUACAAAAUAUAGAUAUUGGAGUGAUGGAGUGAAAAAGGUCUCAUUAGUUGGGGGUAUCAAGGUCAAAGUCACAGAUCAUUUUUCUCAUAAAAUACAUUUGAGUCAGCAAUUUCCAAAAUGGCCCAAGUAUGCAUAUUGAAGUGACAAUGAUCGAAAAGAUUUGGGGGUCAAAGAUCACAGAGAUAAUUACUCGGAUAGCCAGGAAGCAUUGGUACAAUGUUGGACCAAAGAUUUGAAUGGAUUUGCUUCUUCUUCUUUUUUGAGGAAGUAUUUUCUAAAUGGCUAAAAGUGGUAGGGAACUUUUUCAUGUUUGGAUGCUAUUAUUAGAAUACAUGUAUGUGUCAAUUAUUCUCAAAUUAAAAUGAAUGAUUUUACUGUAGAACAAUUUCUAAUGUGAGAUAUUUUCCUGCAGUGACUGUAUAUUGAUAUGUGAGAUAAUUUCCAGAAACCAAACUUCAAGUUCUUCUUCACAACAUUAGCUUUGUAAAGCAGUUUACAUUAGUGUAGUAUGUAAACCACAGAAACACCGCUUCCCAGAAACCAAACUCAAGUUCUGUGCAACAUUGACAUCGUAAAGCAAUUUCCAUUGAUGUACAUACUCCACAAAAACACUGAUUCCCAGAAACUUAUUAUUUCAAAUAUUAUAAUACAACAUUGACAUCAUAAAGCAUUGGUGUAGACACACCACAAAAACACAAUUUUCAAAGUGGCACCAAUAUACUCACCAUUUCCAGGCUCUUAUUUUCCACCAAACUCAAAAACAUGGCAGCCUACAUGCACUGUAACUUUCAUGCAUGCAUUUUCUAUAAUUGUCAGACUUUCUCACCUACAAUGAAAAAUUUACAAGACAUAUAUGAAUAACUUAUAGAAGGAAGGCAACUACAUGUAUGACAUUGUUAUUUUAGAUUCUGUUGGAAUUCUGCUUUGAUUGGGCUUUCUUGCCCAAUGUUUUCAGGAGUUUACACAUAACAAUUAAGUUGUACUGUGAAUUGGUAACACAUUGGCACAUGCACAAAGUAUUGCGUGUCCGAUCAGAUUAUUGGUAAAGCCCUUAAAAAUAAGACUGUUUUGACGGCCCAUUUUUGCUACUCAUGCAGUAACUCUCAGUUUUUCUACAGGCAAGUACAAACGAAAGUCAAGAACUUUUAUAGUCUUAUAGAAUAUGGUGUGAUUCACUCAAUGAUGCGCUGCAGAUGUAGUGGGUCGGGUAAACCAAUGGCUCCUACUGAAAAAAAAAUCGGUAAAAUUGUAUCGCCAUUGUAAUCGGCACAGAAAUACCAUAUUGUCUAAGCCCUACUGAAUAUCAAAUUACCCAGAUGGAAAUUGCUAUUCAAUCAGGGCAAAGUACUGGCAUGAAGAGUUCAUUGACAGCUCCCCAUCUGGAUCAACACUGCAUCCACUGUUUCCUCGCUGCAUCCUUUGGAUGAGUAUCUCGCUCACUGUAUGGGCAUUUUACUUCAACCGGCUUUUUGUCCGGACGCGAUGCAAAUCUGCAUGUUGACACUCCUCCGGUGAUGCUCCAAUGUACGCUUUCUGAGGAAGCAGACACAGACCACUCUGCCUCACCUUGUGUUGUCGAUGUGACCGUCUCAUUACCCGUGAAUAGUACUCAACCGCCACCUUCUCUUUUGAUCUUCCGCCCCCAUUCGAUAGCUGCCGGCUCAAACUCCAGGGCACCUCCCUCCACAAGCCUGGCGGCGAGUGACCCACCAUCCUCUUUCUUCGAUGACACUAUUGCUUUGAAGGUUGAAGCCAUCAGUCUGCACUUGCGCAGGUCAUGCCACAUUUUAUUACCGGCCUGUCCUCUCAUAUGCUCCUCUAUAUCGUCUGCCUCCUCCUUGGUCAAAACCAUGCUCUUUGCAAUUUCUGAUGACACUAUUGCUUUGAAGUUUGAAGCCAUCAGUCUGCACUUGCGCAGGUCAUGCCACAUUUGAUUCCCGGCCUGUCCUCUCGUAUGCUCCUCUAUAUCGUUUACUUCCUCCUCGGUCAAAACCAUGCUCUUCGCAAUUUCUGAUGGCGUAAGCACUUUGUCCGAAGCACCGGUAAUGGUUGCCACCUGCCUAGACAUCAUGUGAUUAUCAUACUGGAAUGAUGCCGUUUCAUCUUGCUGCGGUAUUGUGUCGUAGAAUUCUAAGGUCAGCCUAGAGAAUAAUAAAGAGAAAAUGAAAAGGUUUAUCACAUUACUAUAUUUGGAUUGGAUGUUAAGUAAAUCUUUUAAAGUGAAUCUUUGUCAGAUUGACUCUCUCUACGUUUAAUUUUUCAUAAUUGUAAGCAUAAUCAGGCAAGAAAUGAAUAAUUUUACAUGUCAAAUACAUGCGACUGCUCAACAUUUGGUCAAUGUUACAAACACAUACAAAAUGGUAGUCAUCAAAUGACUUGUAUCCCUUAAGCUUUUCCCUAUCAUAGUCAGUCCGGUUGAGGAUGAGAUAAUUGAAGAUGUCAAAUAGACCAAAGUCUUGGAUAUUUUUUAAGUUACUGGUAAAGCUGGUGAGCUUGGUCUGAUCUCAGAACGAGCACCCUGCUCAAGCAAGCUUCUCCUGCAGUGAUCGCCCAGUGUCGGGAGAGGUCUGGAUCGACAGUCAAAGCCAAAUCGGAUACGGCAGUCGCAAGUUUCUCCUUGUUUUAGCCGCUUGUGCUUACACCUCUGUCCCACAAUACUCAAUUAAUCCCUUAAUUUUCCAAUCCUUCAUUGCCUUGCUUUAACUUUGGUUUGAACUCGAGGUUGACACCAUCACAAACAAGAUACGAGCAAAGAAUAAAUUGUUGAUUAUCCGCAGCAAGUAAACGUCAUAGACAAUACACGUGAGCUGGCAAAGACAAAAUUGUGAUCGUGCUCUGGCUUGCCCGAGUUUGUUACAGUUGCUAGUGUCGCGUGGGGUAUAACGUCACCAUGCAUACCAUUAGUAAACCAACUUUCCUCGAUGACCAUGCCAUUACAGACAGAGAUGACCUGUCCCAUGCCUUCACUUCUGUGUAAGUGGUCAAGAAACUUCUUGGCAACUUUGCUCUCUUCACUCCCAGGCUGAUCCACUUAGCCGCACACUCUGUACAUUUCUGAUUACUUUUAUCCCUAAAUGAUAACAAUUCACUCCUAAUGUUUGUUACAUGAAUGGAACAAAAAAUGGAUUCCGUGGACUCGAGCACUUGAAUCAGUGUCAGACGAGGUUGCCAUGAUUUUAGCCUGCGAACAGCUAUAUGCGAGCGGCGCACAGGGCCCGGAGGUACUUGCGUAUGAAACAAAGAGCAUGAUUGGUUAUUAGCUAGUCAGUCCGCAGAUCACACUAUGAGUACGGUAUUGUGAUUGGUUGUUUUCACAGAUGAAUUUAGAAAAUCUCGGCACUUUUGAAUGGUUUUUUUUUUUUCUUUUUUUUUCAGAAAACAUGCAAGUUUUGUUCGACAUAUGAUUUUAAAAUGAUUUUUUACACAUAUCAAUAAUUGCUAUAGCUAGAUACAUAGUUUAAGGCAUGAAACGAAAGAAAAAAGCACCUCAGCCCGCGGUCUGUUACUUUAAUACCACUUUUAAAAAAAGAUAACACUGUUUCAUAAAGUCCAGAAAGUAGAUAUAUUGCUGUGGCCAAUUUGAGAAACAAAAUCUGGCCAAUUUAGCCCUUAACAUUUUUUUCCUGAAUGGAGUAAAGAAACAUUGUGAAGCCUGAUUUCUUUGCCAUUAGAUCAUGUUCCCACCGCCCUUAUUUUUUCCUGUUGCACUUGUAUCAUCCACUUGUAUUGCAAAUAAAAAAAACGGACAGAUAUCAAUUCAAAAGUUUUAAAGUAAAACACAAAAUAAAAAAUAUCUCAAUAACAUAUAUCAUCUGUAACCACUACAAUCUUCUAACUACUCAAACUAGUCAGUUUGUCAAUGAUUGAAGAAAAUGCAGACAUAUACAGCAAAAUUAGCAAACACAAAACUCGAACAACUAUAAAAUUCAGUUUCCUCUGAACAUGACACUUACCGGUAGUGUGUAUGAGUGAAAUUUACCUUGUAUCGUUCAUUCACAAUCUGUAACAUACCGGUAUGCAUAGCCUGCAAACAGAGACUUCAUCUUGGCAGCUUAUUAGGCCAAUGAAACUCGAUGUUGAGUUUCCCGUCCCAUUUUUUCCAGCUCAUAAUGAGGAACCAAUUUCAUUAUUCAUUAUUUUCCAGAAGAUGAAAGUUUGACCUUUUGUACCCUUUUAACGCACUUUUAUUUGUUAAUUUGGACAUUUUCUGCAAUACACUCAAUACAUGCGUGAUUUGUUCAAAACACUGACCAUGUAAAUCUUUGUGCUUACUUGCUGGAGCGCGGCAGGGGCGCAUUGUUGCAUGGCCAUGGCUGGGUUGAUUCUACGAGUUUGACUAUGGUUGAGCAUGCAGCGUCAUUCCAUUCAC